UAUUUGGAAUUCACUCGCCUUCGAAUUUCAAUUCAAAUUCCCACAAAACCCCUCUUCUUCUGCCCUUUUAUCCCCCCCUCCCUCGCUUCACCUUCUCUCUCCAUCUCUCUCUCAAAAUCGCAUUUCUCCUUAAACCGCAUAUCUCUCUCUCUCUCUUCUCUUCCUUUUCUCUCUCUUUGUUGAAACCCUAACCCUAGCCUCCAGAUAUGAAGGGAGGAAAAUCCAAGGCUGAUACCAAAAGAGGCGAAAGCAAGCUGUCUGUGAAGAAGGGAGCCCCUGCUAAGAAAGGGAAGCCAGCAAAGGACCCUAACAAGCCAAAGAGGCCUCCAAGUGCCUUCUUCGUUUUCAUGGAAGAGUUUAGAGUGACAUACAAGCAAAAGCACCCUCAAAACAAAUCUGUAGCUGCUGUUGGGAAAGCUGGUGGUGAGAAGUGGAAAUCUUUGACCGAUGCUGAGAAGGCUCCUUACAUCCAGAAAGCUGAAAAGAGGAAGGCUGAUUAUGAGAAGAGCAUGAACACCUACAACAAGAAAUUGGCUGAAGGAAAUAAAGAAGAAGAGGAAGAGGAAUCAGACAAGUCUAGGUCUGAGGUGAACGAUGAGGAUGAUGAAGACGGCAGUGGAGGAUGAGGAUGAUGAUUAAGCUUUUCCGUGGAGAAGUUGCAGACGAUGAAGGCAGCUUUGUGGUUUCGGAGUGCCUCAUUUUGAUUGGAAGUAUAAAGAAAUGUUGGUAGUUCAAUAUAAGGAACCAAGGAAAAAAAAUCAUCACCCUGUAUCUUAAAGUCUUAACUUUGACUUGAUUUAGCUUUUGGCCCCUCUGCCCUGUAGAGCAAGUAGUGAUUUACUUUCGUUCUUAGUUUAAACAUGAUUAAAAUUCGCUUUGUGUUAGCUGAAUGGUAAUCUUAAAUACAGUAGUUGCUUUUCUGUGCCAA